UUCCUUAACUUAUGUGGGUAUAGUUGGACCACUUUCCCUUCUUUUUCCUUCCAAAAUGGUUGCCUGAAACAUCUUUUUUUUUUUCUCCCCCUGUUAGGAUGGCAAGCUUCAAUGAAAAGUGGGAGUCUGUCAUACAUUCUACCAUGCAGUCGUCUGCCUGUGCAGUUGAUGAGUCAAGUGAGAGUUUAUACAUCCAAUGGUCAGAAAAAAGAUCUUGGAUCAGAAGAUGCAAAUAGAUCAACCCCUGAAGAAACCCUGCAUAAAGCUGGAACAGGACAAGAUACGACCAAUGCAGGCCAAAAGCAGUCUUUCCUUAAAGAUCCAAUCCAAGUAAAAGUGAAAGCAGUCCUUAAAAAAAGAGAGUAUGGACCAAAAUACACACAGAAUAACUUCAUCACUGGAGUCAGAGCAAUAAAUGAGUUUUGUCUUAAAUCCAGUGAUUUAGACCAGCUGAGGAAAAUUAAACGACGAAGCCCCCAUGAUGACACUGAGACUUUCACUGUGUACCUGAGAUCGGAUGUAGAGGCAAAGUCUCUUGAAGUUUGGGGUAGUCCAGAGGCUCUUGUUAGAGAAAGAAAACGACGUAAAGAGGCAGAGAUCAAGUACAGAGAAAAUCUAUUUAGAAACCAAAGGCUGUUGAGGGAAUACAAGGAGUUCUUUGGAAAUACUAAGCCACGCUCCAGUGCAGCAGCUAUGUUUUUCAAGGGACCAGGGAAGGUGGUAAUGGUAGCUAUUUGCAUAAAUGGAUUGAAUUUUUUCUUUAAGCUACUUGCUUGGGUUUACACGGGUUCUUCAAGUAUGUUUUCAGAAGCCAUACAUUCUUUAGCAGACACAUGUAACCAGGCGUUGCUAGCUUUGGGCAUCAGUCAGUCUGCAAGGACGCCUGACCCUAGUCAUCCGUAUGGUUUCACAAACAUGCGCUAUAUUGCCUCCCUGAUUAGUGGAGUGGGGAUUUUCAUGAUGGGUGCAGGACUGUCUUGGUAUCAUGGGAUCAUAGGUUUACUCCACCCUCAUCCUAUAGAAUCUCUUCUCUGGGCAUACUGCAUUUUGGCAGGGUCAUUGGUAUCUGAAGGAGCUACCCUUCUUGUUGCUAUAAAUGAAAUUCGCAGGAGUGCUCGAGCCAAGGGUCUGUCAUUUUAUCAAUAUGUUGUGCAGAGUCGUGAUCCUAGUACAAAUGUGGUGUUACUGGAGGAUGCUGCAGCAGUUCUGAGUGUGGCCGUAGCUGCUACCUGUAUGGGUCUGACUUCUUUAACAGGAAACCCUUAUUAUGACAGUGUGGGGUCUCUAGGUGUUGGAACUUUGUUAGGAACUGUGUCAGCAUUUCUAAUCUACACUAACACUGAAGCCCUGCUGGGACGAUCCAUUCAACCUGAACAACUGCAGCGACUCACCGAAUUACUGGAAAGUGAUCCUGUAGUAAGAGCAAUUCAUGAUGUUAAAGCCACAGACAUGGGAAUGAGCAAAGUGAGAUUCAAGGCAGAAGUAGACUUUGAUGGACGGGUUGUUACUCGUUCUUACCUGGAAAAACAAGACAUUGAACAGCUGCUACAAGAAAUUCAACAAGUGAAAACCCUUGAAGAAUUAGAAGCCUUCAUGCUUAAACAUGGUGAGAAUAUCAUUGACACGCUGGGGGCUGAAGUAGACAGACUUGAGAAGGACCUAAAGCAACGAAAUCCUGAUGUUCGUCAUGUGGAUUUGGAGAUAUUAUAGACUUGGCAGAAGAAAUCUUCAGGUUGCUACCAUUUUGGAAAGAAGUCAUGUAAAGGGCUGAAAAAGCUUCUGAAAUUGCAGUGACCUCAGCACCAUACCUCGCUUAAUUUUGCUGUAGGCUUCCUGGACUGUUAGCACGGCUUCUGUUUCUGGAAGAGCGCUAGACUCGCAGGCAAAAAUUUCCAUGGCAAAAUCAGUUUUAAAAAGCUACUUGACUUAAAUUCCACAGGAGAGUCUGUCAGAGUAUAUUUACUGCAAUUCAGAACUUAAGACUUGAGGUUUAGUUAGGCAAAUACAGCUGCCUGAAAAUAACGAACACAUUUAGUUUUUUCCAUUUGUGUCCCUUUGCAGUCAAUUUGCACUUCUUUAGUUUCUUUCAAGAUAUCAUUAAAGGUUCUUGGGAGAUAUUAAUAUUAGCUAGGAAGAGUUUGUUCCAGUGGAACCUGCCAACCUUAAACUAAUUGUAGUAUUUCAACUGUGUGGUUGUUUCACAGUUUUUCUUUUCUAUG